AUGUCGUCGAAGCGGCACGUUUUGAUGGUUCCUCCUUGCUCCACGUUGAGGUCCGCUUGCCGGUUGCCAUUGGCCACGGCAUCCACCACCGACUUGUUCGGGGCUGUGUCUCAUAAACAGCCUUGCAGACAGGGCGUUGGAAGAAGAAGGAUAGACACGAUUUCCUCCGGGCGACAAAGAAUAGAAGAGCCGCGGGACGCAUUCCUCGCUGCCCUGCGCGCGCGGGGCGGGGGAGGCGGGGGGGCGGCUGCCUCGGGGCUAAGCAACGCUGGAUGGGCCACUGUAGUGGAAGGACUGAAGAAUGGCUGUGCGAGCGGCAUGGCGGCAGCCUGCGCGAAGCUCUUGCUCCAGCCGUUCGACACCGUGAAGACCCUCCAACAGGCGAACAAAGGGUCGUUGGGGAUGCUGGAGGCGGCGCAGGACCUGGUCUCCAGGAAAGGCGUUUCCGCGCUCUACACCGGUCUGGGCGUCACCCUGGUCGGCUCGAUCCCUGCCGUCUCCGUCUACUUUGGCGUCUACCAAGCUGUCAAGAAAGCGCUCCUCCAAGCGCUUCCUCCCGGGCUUGGCUGGUCGUUGCUGGGGGUGGCGGCCUCCGCGGGGGUGGGGAACACGGUCGCCUCCAUCUUCCGGGUACCUUACGAGGUGGUCAAACAGCGGCUGCAAGCGGGCAUGUACGUGAGCACGGGGCAGGCCUUGCGCACCAUGUACCGGACGGAGGGCGGCUUGCUCGCCUUCUUUGGGACCAGCGGGGUGGCCUCUCAGAUUUUGCGCGACGUGCCCUACGCCAUCGUCACGCUCCUGACCUACGAAUCCAUGCGGCGGACACGCGCCGAGCGCCGUCUGGGACCUGGGGAGUCAAAGGGGGGCCUCACAAAGGGCUCGACGGCUCUGGAGGACUCGGUGAUGGGCGCGCUGGCGGGAGGGGUAGGCUCCCUGGUUUCGAACCCGAUGGACGUGGUCAAGACGCGCGUGAUGACCCAGCCGGGCCUCUACCCCACCGUCUGGUCGGCGGUGAGCAAGGUGUGGGUGGAGGAGGGGCCUUCCGCCUUCUUCAAGGGCACGGUCCCGCGGCUUCUGCACAAGGUCCCGGCCAACGCCAUCUUCUUCGCGACCUACGAAAUCUUUCGCGGGCUCCUGCGCGUUCAGGGUUAG